UCUUUUUCAACUUUCAUGUUUAGCGGUCAAGCCCGGCUUUACUUUUCUACAGCGAAACGUUGUCAAGUGGUGGACAGACAGCGCUAACGUAGUAUAUAGAAGAGAGAGCAAGUGGUCUUAGUAACCGUGCAUUGGACUUGGAGUCUCGAUUCUGGAGUUAAGUUCGUAACAGGCAGGCAGUCAAUCUCAGUAAAACAUUUGUAAUCGUUGACAGGUGGCAAGAAAGACUCAUUUGCUUUACCACCAAUAUGAUUUCAGUGAUUGGCCUUUUCUGACACCGUCUUGCCACUGUUGGUGUGAAGUAUAAGAAACUAUAUUUGAUUUUGUAAUUUCAGCUCUCCUUACAUGUCCAGUUAACUUUGAGGCCAGCCAUUUCAUUGGGUACGUGCGUAGAUGCCGAUGAAGGUGGUUGGUUGGGAUAGCUAAAUUAGUUAGGUUUUAAGGCCCACCAAAAUCGGUCGGGCGCAGAUGCAGGCUAAUUCCAAAUGUCACGUUGCAUUUGUGCUGUUAACUUUGGGUAUAGCUACAGAUUAAGCAAUGACCCUUACUCAUGUUAACUAUAUUUGAUGGAGAGUUGUGUUAGUAUUGUCAAUGCUAAGUCGGCCAUUCACUGGUGUUGUAACUAGCUAGCAAGCGAUAACGUUACGCCGCUAGCUAACGUUAGCUACCAUCAGCUGACAGGUCACCGGCAAACCUGCUUUGGCUUUGCGCUGGCAAACUCAGUAGCUAGCGAGCUAGUCGGGUAUCUAAAAUAGGUACCUAACUACGUAUUCUCAUGCAGGCCACGCAGAGAUUGCAUCUAUCUAACAAAAUUUAAAACCAGUUCAAUUGCCAAGUCUUGAAUUAGCCGUUGCUAAUAGCUAAAUUGGCUAGCUUGACAAAUCGCUCUCGUAUUUGGCUUCAUCAAUUUGCUACGCGUUAGCAACGGGACAAAUGUUAGGCACUCAAUGUAAACCCUUUUGUUCAGAAUUAGCUGGCUGAUCAAAUAAGAAACGACUGUUUACUAAUCUGGAGUCACUGCCCGGUCUGUGCAAUUAUGUCUAACAUUUAAUUGCUAACUUUUUGAUAGAAAUGAGCAAGCCUGUUAGCUGAACGCUUAGUUGGCUAUCUUGCCGUCUUGCGUGUGGCUACUUUAGCCUACGACAUAACAUUUCGCAUUUAUCAGACGACCUUGUUUUACUUUGUUAGUUUAUUUUUGUAAAAGUCUAAAGGGAAAUGGCUGGUAACGCACUCAUUGGGGAUCCAAAUAAAGACACAGAAGAUGCCAGUGAAACUGACCUGGCGAAACAUGAUGAGGAUGACUAUGUGGAAAUCAAAGAACAGAUGUACCAAGACAAGCUGGCAUCAUUGAAAAGGCAGUUGACGCAACUCCAAGAGGGAACACUUCAGGAGUACCAGAAGAGAAUGAAGAAGCUGGACCAACAAUACAAGGAGAGAGUCCGCAAUGCUGAUCUCUUUCUCCAACUUGAGACGGAACAGGUGGAGAGGAACUACAUCAAAGAGAAGAAGGCGGCUGUGAAAGAGUUUGACGAUAAGAAGGUGGAGCUGAAGGAAAACUUAAUUGCUGAGCUAGAGGAGAAGAAGAAGAUGAUAGAGAAUGAGAAAUUAACAAUGGAGCUGACAGGCGAUUCCAUGGAGGUGAAACCCAUCAUGACCCGGAAGUUAAGGAGGCGGCCCAACGAUCCCGUCCCCAUUCCAGACAAGCGGAGAAAACCUGCACCUGCUCAGCUGAACUAUUUGCUAACCGAUGACCAGAUCCUGGAAGAUCUGCGAAUACUGAACAAGCAGCUGAAAUCCCCUAAGCGUCCAGUGUCUCCGUCGUCUCCAGACCAAAUGCCCACCAUUCCAAUGGAGGCCCCCUCACAGCGCUAUGAGGCCCGCAUUGAAGAGGGAAAGCUGUACUACGACAAGAGAUGGUAUCAUAAGAGCCAGGCCAUCCACCUGGAGUCCAAGGAGAGCACCAAGAUCAGUUGUGUCAUCAGCUCAGUGGGAACAAAUGAGAUCUGGGUGAGGAAGACCAGCGACAGCACCAAGAUGAGGAUCUACCUGGGACAGCUACAAAGAGGAGCGUUUAUCAUCCGACGACGGUCGGCAGCGUAGAAACAACACCAUUCCCCUUCCCACUCUCUCUUCAUCCAUCCAUCCAUUCCUCCUUGUUCCUUUCAUUUUGUACGUGCAGUAUGUUGCUCCCCCCACCCCCUCAUCAGUGGCUCCCCCCACCCCCUCAU